GACCGCUGUCGUUAUCCAGGUCUCUCGUUAAAGUUCAUCCGUUCCUGUUGAAAAGAUCCAGUCAGUUUUAAGUGGUGCGCCCUUACACAGUCACAUAAUGACUGACGCACUGAAGCCAAAAGAAUUAGAAAGUUUGGAAUUUGCAUUGGAAGUUUAUGGAGGCAAUGAAAAGAUCAUCGACGGUACAGAUUUGGGUAUGGUAGCUCGAGCAAUGAAUUGCAAUCCCAGUUUGGAAACUUUGAAGAAACUAGGAAUGCCUGAAAAGAAAGGGGAAAAAACAAUGAAGAUGGCAGAUUGUAUUCCUAUAAUCAUUGAAUUGAAAAAGCAAAAAAAGGACGAAGGUUGCUAUGAAGAUUUCAUUGAAUGUCUGAAAUUGUACGACAAAAAUGAAGAUGGUCAUAUGAUGGAAGCUGAAUUGGCUCACAUGUUGAAAUCUUUAGGUGAAAAACUUGACGACAACCAAUUGGAUGAACUUUGGGAUGAUUGCAUGGAUGAAGAAGACGAUGAAGGACAAAUUGUAUAUGAUCCAUUCUUAAGGAGAAUGUGUGAAUUGGACCCUCCUCUUAAAAAGAAGAAGAAGUAAACAUUUAUUAAGUUAAUCUUGAUAUAAAAUUAAUAAUAAAAGCAGCUUAACAGACUUCAAA